AAAUACAAGAUUUUUUGCUUAUAAAUAAUACAAAAUAAUCACAAAUAGUGGGGUGAAGUUGCUCUUUUGUUAAAAAAGAAACUCCACCAAAUUUAUCAAAGGUUUUAUUAAAUGUGCGCUUGCUAGAAACAUCUAUUUACUGACUUUUUCAUAUACAUGUAAAUAAUCUAAAAGUACAAAAAAUGUUAACCCGGAGUGUAAAUUCGAGCGGGAAAGUUAAACAAUGAACAAUGAUAUCAAGGCGAAAGAUUUACGUGGGUGGAGACUACAGUAUCGAAGCACACCAUUGGCUAAACCACUGUUUUCAAUCUGGCUAAUGAAAACAGUGUCACACAUUCAUCGCGCCAUACACAAAUCAGACAGGGCUGAGUUUUCCCUCUGAAAUUUGCAUAAGGUCCGAAUAAAAACCCAGCGUGCCUUGUUGUUGAGUAUAGAGUUGUUCUGAUCAUUUCGAAGCAACAUGCCUGAACCAGCGAAGACCGCACCCAAGAAGGGCUCCAAGAAAGCCGUCACCAAGACCGCCGGCAAAAGCGGCAAGAAACGCAGAAGGACCAGGAAGGAGAGCUAUGCUAUCUACGUCUACAAGGUGUUGAAGCAGGUCCAUCCCGACACUGGGAUCUCUUCCAAGGCGAUGGGCAUCAUGAACUCGUUCGUCAACGACAUUUUCGAGCGCAUCGCUGGUGAGGCGUCUCGUCUCGCUCACUACAACAAGCGCUCCACCAUCACUUCCAGAGAGAUCCAGACUGCCGUGCGUCUACUGCUCCCCGGGGAACUGGCUAAACACGCAGUGUCUGAGGGCACUAAAGCAGUCACCAAGUACACCAGCUCCAAGUAAAUCGCUUAGUCAACUUCUGCCACCCCAAAGGCUCUUUUAAGAGCCACCAAUCAUUUCUUAUAAAAGGGUAUUACAUUUCUUCGCACGUAAGUUCACGGUGUAGCAGUUAAUAUUAUAAACCACCACUUAAGAAUGGUUUUGUUUACCUUAAGAAAUACUUGACUUUAUUUUGUUCAUGGUGUUUUUUGUUCACUUGGUCAAAUGUUAGAGGCCAUACAAUCUCACUUUAGGUGUCUAUAUGUCUAUAUGUGUAUGGGUAUAUCUAUAUGUGUAUGGGUAUAGAUUUAAUUUGUGGCUUGAACAGCAGCUAUGUGGCUUCUGUGACACCAAGUAACAGCAGAUUUUCUUUCUGAACUCCAAUCAUACUUGAAUUCAGUUCGCAGUCUUGAUUUUAAAACUCUCAACUUGUAUAAUCACAUUUAGACGGAUGUGUCCAGAAAUUCCAGCUAUUAAGAACUUGAUUCGCUAACCUAGGUGGGUCUGAUUGGGGUUAGAACUAAACUUUGCAGAACAUCGGCCUGACCAAGUUUGUGCUCCCCUGCUUUAGUGUGAAUAAGACAGAACCAGUUUGCUCUUAGCUGUGGUGUCCUCUUUGUCUGGUCACGGCAACGCCUUUUCACGCCUGCCGACAGUGUUAAGAGAAUACCAAGUUGUACUAUUUAUUUAUUUUUUAGAUAUAUUGUUAGUUUCAUAAUGAAGUAAAUAUAUAUAUUUACACAAUAAAAUUCACACGAGGAUUAUAUUUAAAUUAUAAUUUAAGCUUUGUGUGAUCUAAAACUUGUGUUGGUCACACAGAUAUAUUGAUUUUUGCAUUAAUUUAAGUAAGGUAAGUGACACGAAUGGGAUUUUUGUUUAGUUUUGUUUAGAUUUUUGUUCUCUAUUUAAUAAAAAAUAUUCACAAAGAUGCACAUAAAUCAAUGUUACUAUGUUAAUUUGAGAAGCUGUUGUAGAUGACAAGGCUGGUAAAGUUUAAGAUUGGAAGGUGGAAUGUAACGUUAAAUAUCCCAGAUAAUAAAGGUUUAUUCUAAAAAAAAAUGUAUCCAUGCAUAUAAGUUUUGUUUGAAGGAAAGAUUGGCAUCGCUGUUCAAUGUAAAACAAAAUGUGCUCCAAAAAUGUCUCUAAAUGCAUAACACAAAUCAGACAAUAACAAUAUUAUCCAUAGUUAACAAUUGAAAGGGUUCAAAACCUUUCUUCAAGUUAUCAUAGAUCUG